AUGUCCAAAUUCCCAUGUCCAAAGACUUCUCCAACUACGAAGAGUCAUUUUCUUUGCAGCGUGAUCACCAAGUUCUACCAGCAAAUCCUGGCCUUGGUCUUUGCCAUUAAGGAGAUCAAUGAAAAUCCCAAGAUCUUACCUAACAUUACCCUGGGCUUCCACAUCUAUGACAGCUACUCUGAUCCAAAGAUGACCUACCGGACCAGCCUGGAUAUGCUCUUCAAGUCACAUCAGAUGGUCCCCAACUAUCAAUGUGGCACACAGCAAAAGCUCAUGGGAGUCAUUGGUGGACUGAGUGCUGAUAUAUCUGCAUGCAUGGCAGAUAUUCUUGGCCCUUACAAGAUCCCCCAGACAGCAGUGAGUGAGGAAUCCCCUUUGCCUUCCUUCUACCGGAUGGUUCCCAAUGAAGCUCUCCAGUACCAGGGAAUUGUCCAACUUCUUCUCCAUUUCCACUGGAAAUGGAUCGGGCUCAUCACAAUGGAUGAUGAACAUGGAGAACGCUUCUUGCAGACCAUGGAGCCAAUGCUUUCCCAGAAUGCAAUCUGUUCAGAAUUCACAGAGAGAAUCCAAGCCAACUGGCAGUUCUUUGAGAUUGUUAAUAUUACAAAGAGUCAUCUUCACAUUUUCACUGAGACAAAAGCCAGGGCAGUUGUUAUCCAUGGAGAAAGUACCAACAUUCUGAGGUUGGCUGCAGCGAUCUUAAUAACAAUGGUUUUUCCUUUAACAGAUCAUUCAUAUGGAGAGACAAUCCCUGCAGGAAAGGUCUGGAUUACAACAGCCCAGAUUGAAUUCACUUUAUUUAUAGUUCAAAAGGCUUUUGAUAUGCAAAUGUUCCAUGGCACUCUUUCUUUCACAAUUCAUUCAAAUCAGCCUCCAGGCUUCCAAAACUUCCUUGACAUGAUCCACCCAUCUGGAAGUAAAGCAGAUGGUUUCAUCACAGAUUUCUGGGAACAGGCUUUUGGCUGCUUUAUGUCAAAUUCUGAAGCACCAAGAGAUAUCAGUGAAACAUGUACUGGGUCGGAGAGGCUGCAGAGCCUCCCUUCUCCUUACUUUGAAAUGAGCAUGACUGGCCAUAGUUACAGUAUCUACAAUGCCCUCUCUGCUCUGGCUAAUGCCUUGCACAUCACUCACACAUCAAUAUCCAGCCAUAGAGUAACAGAAGUCAUGAGCACUCUGGAACCUCCAACUGUGGAACCCUGGCAGCUCCACUCAUUGAUUCAGAGGAUCUCGUUCAACAACAAUGCUGGAGAUGAAAUUAGAUUUAAUGAACAUGGAGAACUAGUAGGAGGAUUUGAAAUCACCAGCUUGGUCACUUUCCCAAAUAAUUCCUAUGCCAGGGUCAAAGUUGGAAGCCUGAACCCACAUGCUCCUCCAAGCAAACAAUUCAGCCUUAAUGAAAUAAGAAUGGAAUGGCCAAGAGACUUGGCUCAGGUGCCACCUCUUUCUCUCUGUAAUGACAUCUGCCAUCCCGGUUACAGCAAGAAAAACAUAGAAGGGAAGAAAUUUUGUUGCUAUGACUGUGUCCCAUGCCAAGCUGGGAUGUACUCAAAUAAGGAGGACAUGGAAAUAUGCAUUGCUUGCUCAGAAGAUCACUUUCCAAAUAAAUACCAGGAUCACUGCAUUCCAAAGAUUCCAAACUUCCUAGCUUUAAAAGACACUCUAGCCACCAUCUCACUUUUUUCAGUACUCCUGUUCUCCCUGAUCACACUUCUGGUGCUUGGCAUCUUCAUUAGGCACCAAGACACUGCCAUUGUCAAGGCAAACAACCGGAGACUCUCCAACAUUCUCCUCUUCUCCCUCCUUCUGUGUUUUCUCUGCUCUUUGCUUUUCAUCGGGAAACCUAACACUGUGCCCUGCCUUCUUCGACAAACUGCUUUUGGCAUGGUCUUCUCAGUGUCCCUCUCCACCAUCCUGGCAAAAACUGUGUCUGUGGUGCUGGCAUUCAUGGCUACCAAGCCAGGAUCCCAGAUGAGAAAUUGGGUGGGGAAAAGACUGGCCUAUGCAAUUGUCUUCUCCUGCUCCAGCAUUCAAGCAGGCAUCUGUGCUCUCUGGCUCAUGACUUCUCCCCCAUUCCCAGAUUCAGACAUGCACUCCAUGACUGAAGAAAUUAUACUGCUCUGUAAUGAGGGCUCAGUCCUCAUGUUCUAUUGUGCCUUGGGCUACAUGGGUUUCCUGGCUGCUGUCAGUUUUGCAGUGGCCUUCCUGGCCAGGAAGUUGCCUGACAGCUUCAAUGAGGCCAAGAAAAUCACCUUCAGCAUGCUGGUCUUCUGCAGUGUCUGGGUCUCCUUUGUUCCCACCUACCUCAGCACAAGAGGAAAGUCCAUGGUGGCUGUGGAGAUCUUCUCCAUCCUGACCUCCAGUGCUGGC